AUGCAUCUAAAAAGUCUGCUGUUCAUAGUGAACAUAUGCACCAUUCUCCCCAUAAGAUUAUUAUAUUGCUACCUAGUGAUCCUAAUAAAAUAUAAAAGAUCCCUACGUGGGACAAUAUGUACUCGAACAUUCAUGAGAGAAUCCUUUAUUUUAACCAGUGAUGAUGCAUUCGCAGAAGUUAUUAAUCCACUUUUAAAUUGGUGCGUCUCAUAUUUAUGUGGGAAACCAGAAACUUUACAAUAUUGUACCACCACGGAAGAUCGUCUCAUUUUUGAUAAAGAACUUGGUUUAACAGAAAUAGAUACGAUUAUUGAUGUGAAAUAUAGAUGGUUUAAAAUGCCAGAUGGAUUUGACCCUAGGAACGAUGAUAUUUUGAUUUAUUUCCAUGGUGGUGGAUACGCCGUCGCAAUGUCACCUUCCACUUUGACAUUCUUGGGCAACUUAAGCAAAAAAUUCCCCAAAUUAGCUAUCAUUAUGUUGGAUUAUUCAUUAACAUUAGGCCCUGAUAGUAAGAAAUUUCCAGCUCAACUCUUGGAAGGAUUAGGUAUAUACGAUUACGUGAUUAAUACUUUACAUUGUGAAAAUGUAAUCCUAAUGGGAGAAUCUUCUGGAGGUAAUUUAGAGCUUGCGUUAUUAAAUUACUUAAUCACAAACACGACAAUUCCUUUACCUAAAAAGGCUGUAUUAAUUAGUCCAUGGGCAAAUCCAUCUAAGAUGGAUAGAUACAAUAAACGUCAAGAAAAGGAAUUGGAAAUGUUAGAUUGUGUGACUUUCGAUGGAUCUAUAGAUUUUAAAGAUCGAUUGCUUGGACCAGAACUUCGUAAUGAAUGUCUCCCACUGGUAGAUAUUUUGUAUCAUUUUGACCCCAAAGUGUGGUACAAAAUCCUGGAUGUAUGCUCAAUAUAUGUUACGUAUGGUAAAGAUGAGAUAUUGAGGCCACAAAUUGAACAUCUAAUAGACAAAUUUGCUGAUACACAUCCAGAUAAAUUUAACGAAAUAACCGAUGUAUCAGGAUAUGAAGGUGGAUGUCAUAUUGAACCACUUUUGGUAUCAGAUAAAAACAUGGAUUCAUGGUCUCAACAUGGUGCCGUUAGCGGCAUUCUACAAUUCAUAGAAAAAUGA